AUGUCAGACAACACUUCAGAUCCUGCUGCCCCCUAUGGGCGAACAGCUACAGGGAGAAUUAGAAAGAAGCCAACAAAGGUUCAAUCAAGUAAAACUGCACCAACUCUGCCUGCUAUACCUGAUCAACUUUCUACUUUUUGCCCUGUUCCUGCAUGUGCAAGAGAUUUCAGAUACCGGAAAAACCCAGAGAAAGCUGUUUGGCAACACCUCCGGUACUAUUCUAGAAGAGAUGAGGAGGGAAAAAUUAAGGAAGGCGGACACACUAAAGCUCAUUAUUACUAUAAGGAAAAAGCCAAACCAGCAUCAGGAAUGAGCAAGAAGGAAAGAGAGCAUGCAAAUUCAGCUAAAUGGAGGGCUAAAAAUCCAGAAAAAGCAAAGAGUUCUUCUGCUCUCGGUGCUAUCAAGGUUAAGGCUGAGCUACAGCUUAGGCGUUCCGGAGAUUUUAGUGAGGAGAAAUUGAAGGAAUUGGUGGACGAGAUGAUGAGAAAAUGGGAAGAGAAAAAUUAA